GACGUCACGGCGCCCAGAGCGAGGCUGGGGUAGGGAGGCCGACUGAGCAGGAGUCGUCCGCUUGUAGUGGAGGCUGCUAGGAGCCGGUCAGAGGGUGAGUGGGAAACAGGCGAGCGAGCCAGAGCAGGCAGGAGGGAGCGUCGCGCGGCGCAGAGGAGCGCCGGGGCCGGGCCGCGGCGGAACCACAGCCAGAGAGGGGCUGCCCGAGCCGGGCGCCGCGGGGUCCCCACCCCCACCCGGCCGGACAGUGCCCGGUGUUCCCCCGUGCGGGGGGCGGCGGCGGCGGCUGACGGGACCGCCGGGACCGCGGGGGUGUUGCCACCUCCACCGAGGAGCCGGCGCGGCCGCGGGCUCCUCAGAGCCGGGGCCCGGGGCCCGUGACAGACGGGCCGAGGAAGGGAGAGAGGCGGCGGCGGGGAGGCGGCGGCGACACCAUGUCAUCUCCCAGUCCGGGCAAGAGGCGGAUGGACACAGACGUGGUCAAGCUCAUUGAGAGUAAACAUGAGGUUACGAUCCUGGGAGGACUCAAUGAAUUUGUAGUGAAGUUUUAUGGACCACAAGGAACACCAUAUGAAGGCGGAGUAUGGAAAGUUAGAGUGGACCUACCUGAUAAAUACCCUUUCAAAUCUCCAUCUAUAGGAUUCAUGAAUAAAAUUUUCCAUCCCAACAUUGAUGAAGCGUCAGGAACUGUGUGUCUAGAUGUAAUUAAUCAAACUUGGACAGCUCUCUAUGAUCUUACCAAUAUAUUUGAGUCCUUCCUGCCCCAGUUGUUGGCCUAUCCUAACCCCAUAGAUCCUCUCAAUGGUGACGCUGCAGCCAUGUACCUCCACCGACCAGAAGAAUACAAGCAGAAAAUUAAAGAGUACAUCCAGAAAUAUGCCACGGAGGAGGCACUGAAAGAACAGGAAGAGGGCACCGGGGACAGCUCAUCGGAGAGCUCUAUGUCUGACUUUUCCGAAGAUGAGGCCCAGGAUAUGGAGUUGUAGUAGAAAAAGCACCUGCUUUUCAGAAAGACUAUUAUUUCCUAACCAUGAGAAGCAGACUAUAAUAUUCAUAUUUAAACAAAGCAAUUUUUUUUAUUACUAAACAAGGUUUUUAUGAAUAAUAGCAUUGAUAUAUAUAUAUUAUAUAUCACCCUUUAGAUCUUGAUUUCUUGGUCAUUUCUCAACCUGAGGUGCAUAGCAUAUUCCCACAUUCCAUUUGGUAGCAAUAUGCGGUCCGAAUGCAUGCAUUCAUGAGUCCAUGUGGCCAAGUCAGCCUGUGUGCUACUGAACUGUCAAAGGAAAUAGCCGCUCUGAUAGGUAGACAUGAGUAAAAAGAACAGGAAAAAAUCGCUUCUUGUAUUGAUGGUUCCAAAGAAACAAACCAAACCAACCAGCUCUUGGAUGUGAAGAUAAAAUAGUGCUUUUUCAAAAUGGAAAGGAAAAACUUGGGGAGGAAGAGGCCUGCUGUGGGGGCAUUAGAGCCAGCCACAUAAGAAUCAGAGCCGCUCCUUCCUGUGAAUCCUAGGUGGCCCUAUGUCUUCUGUGGAGUUACAGUAUAUGAAACAGGGAGCUAAUUAGAGUAUUAAAACGUAAAACCAUUUUUUUGACUCUGAUUUUAAGUACAUUUUUAUAUAUCAGUUCCUGCCCUUCACACUACCAGGCCCUGCAGCCACAGUGUUCUGUUGGAGAAACUUGGAGAAGUAUUUUCUGAACCGGUUCUUUUUCUUGGGGUAGAACUUGUAAUCCAGACCUGUUUUUGAAAGGACAGCACAGGAGGAGAAAAGUGACUGGGACGAUGCUUCCUCUCAUCCAAAACACAUGCAGAGUCACAUCCUCGUCCUAGUGUUUGGCAGUUUGAGACCGCUACCCUGAACUUACGAGCUUUAAAUAAGAGGGUUGUGUUUUCGGGGGGUUAUUUUUUUUUGGUGUGUGUGUGUGUGUUGUGCUUAGAAAGGUUGCAGAUUUCAUCUUCACCUACCAAGAGGCGGCUGCCUCCUUGGACAAGCCGCUCAUGGACCAUUAGACUUGAGAAGAAGACCCAUGUGGUAAUGCAAAGCCCUGGGUACUUGGGUGUUUUGGUUUGGUUUUCCCUUUUUCUGCUGCUCUUGGCAGCAGCCUGGUCAUCAUCUGCUUGUGGGAGUGGGAAAUGGGUAUUUUAGACCCAACACAGGUUCCAAAUUUAAAACGAAUAAUAAUUGGAACAAAUAAAGGUUUUUGUACCCAGAGUGAUUCUACAUGGGAAAAACAAACCAACUUUUUUCAGAGAGUGACCGAAUAGGAAGAAGGGAUUCAGAAAUACGAUGUUGUAGAACAUGCCUUGCAGGAAGAAAAUGUUUUCUCUCCUGUGUAUGUUAAGAGGAAAUCAGUUUAAAAUGCCUGCUAAUCAAAUGUCGACUCAGCUAACCAUAUGUCCAGGUUGCUGCAGAGUUUCUUUCAAAUCUCAGUGUUGCCUGCUGAACUUGGAGGGGAGUUUGGAGAAAUUUUAGACAGCAGCUCUGUAUUUUUUUGCCGCAGCCAAUAAGAUAAUAGCAGAAUUAGCCAAUCCUAAAACCUUCUAAAGACGAUUUUUGAGCAUCCCACUGGGAUUAUUUAAUUUUUCUUUUUGACGUGUGUUUUUAGUUUAGAAGUGCUGUAUUCCACAAGGUUUAAGUCAGUGAGGUUGGAAGAUACCCUCUCUUUUUUUAUUCAAAAAGCACAAUCAAUCUUUUCUUUGAAAAUCUAUAUAAAGUACAACUUGCUUUUAGCAUGAUUAUUUUCCUAAAUAAAAAGACAAAGAAUUUACUUUACAUUUAUGUUAAUUACGGGCAUGAAGCAAAAGGUUUUCUUUAAAAAAAAAAAAAAAAAAGUGCAGUGAUGUAGGGCUGUGGUUAGUUAACCGUACUGAGUUAUCCAUCUAGCAUCUGUGGCUUGCUGGAAGGGUAGUAUUAACUAUUUAACAUGUAAUGGUGUACUUCACUCUUACCUAGCACGCUGUCUUCUCAUUGCUUUGGGGGAGGGAGGGUCUCUGCUGGCACUGUCUAACUUGCUUACCUGCUGACUUUGCAGUUUGCUUGUGCUAUGACAUUUAUUGUAGGUGCUAUUUAGGGUAGGCUUAAAGUGCUGGGUGGUGAUUUGAGUUCAAACAAUAAAAAAUUGUAUUUUUUCAAUAUUGUAUAAACAAUAGUGUUCUAAUUACCUUAAAAAAAAAUAAUGACCAGUUAAGAAUUGCUUUUGAUCUUGUCAAAAAACCGAGUAGACCCCAGUUUUGGGAAGGUGUGUGAGCAGUGUCAUGGCUCUGCCCCUUACCUAAUCCCACAUCUCUCUAAUGAUAAGACAUUGGCUCGCCUCUGACCAGAGCCCCAGCACCAGAGAGCGGAAGGUGCAGAAUUGUCAAAUGACCUACUGGGGGAGGUUGUAGGAGUUAAGCAGAUUUGAGUGUGGCUGCAGAGUGUGUGUGUGUGUAUAUGUGUGCACACGUGCGAAGAGAGUGUGAGCGAGAGAGUGUCCAUCUAAGUCUGUAUGAUGAAGGUGGGAUAAGGCUCCUCUCUUGGCGCUGGAAGCUCCUGUAAUUGCCGCAUAGAUCCCACUAUGCCCUCUUGCUCUGUGCAAGUCUGUCCUGUCCGGGCACUAACCUUGGUCCCAUGCAUGUUUACAUUCUGGGUGGGGCUUUGCCUCUCCGCUGGGAAACUGACUUUUGCUGGGUUGAACAGAGUCUCUUCUUAUGCUUUUUGUCCCUUCCCUGCGCCUGGAAGAGGUGUGAGUAGGAACCCAAAACAUACAGGUACAGAAAGAUCUGGAAGAAGGCCUGGCAGUGAAUCUGAGGACUCUGGGCCCCCUACAAUAGAUGGUAGCGUAAGUCUGGAGCAGGGGUGUUUCACCACCAGAUGCCUUUCCAGGCUGCCCUUCCAACACUCAGAAGAGCAUCCAGAUCCCUGGGCAGAGGCUGUACAUUCUUGGCUUUAGAGGUGGUGGCAGCGGCAGCAGGUCAGAGCCACUUCUGGCGGUUUCCCUCCCCUUUUUAGUGCUUUAGUGCCCAUAGUUUUUGGAUCCUCAUGUUUUACCAGCACAAGCCAUUCUUCGCCCCUGUUCGCAUAACUGAGCUCAAGCUCUUGCCAAACACCAACAAGCAAGAUGGUUGCAACCUGGCAACAUUGAAUCCACCGCCCUUAGGCUCCCUCUGGAAGCCCCAGCACCGGGGGCUUAUGGGCACAGGGUCAGUGGUGGCCAUCCUGGACACUGGCAUUUGGCUUUGUCUUCAAUCUCAUCACCCUCCUUGAGGUUACUGUGCAGUUUCAACCAGCAUUUUAUACUAGUGAGGUCAUUAUCAGGAGUUGCCAUAUCAUCUCUCCAGUACCUAACAUUUCUCAUCCUCUUCAAAAGCUGUUCUGACUGCCAGCUGGCUGAUCUAAGCUCCUGAGGAAUGUCUCCUCUCAAAGGCAUUUUUCCCUCCAAAGGCCCCCAGAAGUCCUAGUUGGCAUUGGCCUGGCACGUGCUUUAUAUUAGGCCUCCCGUUGGGAUGGCUGAGAAUCAUGAAAGACAGAUCCUCCGCUAGCCUCAAUGGGUCGUUUCUAGACACCAAGUCUCUGGGAACUAGUGUUUGAUUUUAAAUGGCAUAUGGCCCUUCCUUGUUUCAGUGACUUAGAAAAGUAAAAGCCACUUACAAAAGUUAGCAAGAUUUUUUAUCGACUUCCCACCUGGGCUCCUAGCCUUGUUGAAUGAAAUCAAAUAUCUCUGAUUGGGCGCAACGAACUGCAUUUCUUUGGACUUCCGAAUCCAUGUUUGUGCUUUCUCUGGCCCCUUAACACCUCGGCGAUUCUGUUAGGGAUGGGAUGAGUGGGAGGAAGCCCUUUGAGAAGGGGGAAUCGGCUCUCUGGUGCGCAGGUUUUCCACUCAUCUGAGGAAGGGCCAGGGCUCUGAACUUAGCCAAACACUCAUCUUGGCUGUGGGCUUGGGAAGAAAUGGCCAUUAUUUAUGGAUUGUAUUUGGUACAUAUUGUGUGAUACUUGAAAAGAUAAAAGGGACUGCCAGCCCGUAACUGAAAUCUGAAGCUUUUUAUCGCUUAUUUUUCCUUGCCCUGUCUCCUCCCUUCCACCUUUCUUCUUGCAUUGUGAUGAUCUAGUAGGCAUGUCUGUCAACAGGACACAUGCCUUCUCUGACUAUAACCUCUUAAUAGUUGUGUAUAAUGAAAACUGUAAACUUUUUUAAAUAAACGUGUAUAUACCUUGGCAAA